CGUUUGAUUUGCAGCGCCGCAGGAUUAGGCGGCUGUUUGGCACCCCCGAAAAGACGGUACCCACUCUGACACUUGCACUCGCAUCUUGUUACGCGCCCGCCUAUUCUUAGGUUGUCCGUCUCUACGACCCAUUCAGCGCCCACCAACACAGCACUCGCAUCAAGCUAGUCCACACAUUAAACACACACCUGGCCCGGUGACAAAAGUACCUGCCUUUCCGUCUUGUCUUGUUGUUGUUCUUUCUUCACCUGUCCACUUCUACCGUGGAAGGCACAGCGCAGCCCACUUUCGCUCGCAGGACUAUCGACCAGAAACCACAGUCUUUCAUUCACGACACGGCAAACCCCCACAAAAUGGCCACUGCUACCGACUCGAAGCCGGCGCCGGCACCUCUGCCAUCGUCAUUGAGGACGCCUUUGUCUGCCACCUAUCCUUCCGAACUUAAGUCUCCCAUGGUCAUGUCUGCAACCACGCCAACUUUCGCAUGGAUCAAGCGCGAAGAUAGCCUGAAGACUCCGAUCACUCCACCAGCAGCCUACCUGGACUUCCUCAAGACGCUAUCGCCUGCCUUCAUGAGCCCUAUGUCUACUGGCACAAGCACCAAGUUCGUCUUCGAGGGUCGCCCCACUUCAGUCACAUCAUCGGCUUCAAGUGGUUCAUAUACAUCAACCUCGGCACCGACAGAUAAGGACUCGCCUGCGACGUCAAGGUCAAGCAGCUGCAGCCGAAGCGACAUCAAGGACGAGGCCAAAGACGAAGUUCCAAUGUCUGCCCCUCCCACGAAGAUCAGGACACAGACCAUCACUAUCCCACCUCCAUCACCUUUCACACGGCCACAGUCCGCGCGCACACCACGUCUCUAUAUUCCACAAUCACCAUUCUCGCCGGCAGCAGUGCGAUCACCAAACAGCGCAGACUCUGCCAGCAACUCAGCCAACAACUCAGCCAUCUCACCCUUCCCAACAGCCUCGCCUAAGGUGUGGGAGGCAGAGGCCAAGCCCGGCCGGUCAAGGCGUGUCAGUGUGCGGGAAGUCGUCACUCGCACUGUGACAUAUAGCAGCACACCGGUCGACAAGAAAGCACCCAGCUUCCCGCAAAUCGACCCCGCACCGCGUGGCAAGAGGAGAAAGAUCGAGUAAACAAGGAGAGGUUACACGGCUUGCCCGUACCGCUGCAUAGCCUCGAGCAUAAGCGGGUGUGCAACCACCGCGUACGACACGACAUCCCCCAACCGAGUAUCGAUUUGGCGCCACCUGCCACAGCGCCUGAUUUUGCGACGGCUGCUUCGCUCACGUAUCACGAUCACAUCCUACAUUCACGAUAUUUACCGGCCUACCCUACCAAUUAAUAUCCGGGUCCCGGCGACU